CGCCCCCCGGCCGGCGGGCUAUUAAUUGGCCGGGCGCACGGGCGUUUUGGUCGUCACGGGCGACGCUCGGGCGCCCGCGACUUCCUGCCUUCCCGGAGAUAGAAGAGGAGAGUGAACGCGCCCCCGCCCACGUAUAAAACGCGCGUCAACCCCGCAACCCCGGAUCAACACGCGCGCGCCCGCCGAGCUCCUCCUCGGCCGAUCGCUUCGGCGCUCGCUCCCCCCACCCGAUCGGGCUACCUUAUCCGCCCGCCCGCCCGCCCGGCGAUGCUGCUGCCGUCCGCGCCCCACUCCGCCGAGACAUUCAGCGCCGCGGCCUCCGGGCUCCGAUCCCUGCUCGCCGCGCCCGACGCCGCCCGGGGCGCCGUCGUGACGCGGGCAGCCGUCGCGUCGCGCUGCUGUGCCGGUGGUGGCGAGGACGUCGUCAGAGCAAGCGGCGACGACGGCACAACCAUUAUUGGGCACUGCGAGGAUAUCAAAACGGCAAAGAAGGAUGACGAGGAGGAGGAGGAUAUGAAGGAGGCCGCAAAGGAGAAGGAAGCCGGGAUGACCACGGAGGAGGAGGAGGAGGAGGACUUGGAUGGAUUCUGGGUGUCGUACGGGCGGCGGCGCCAGAGGCGCCGGCUGCCCCGGCCCAUCCCCUCGCUGGUCGCCCGCGGCGCGCUCCGGCGGACGCGCACCGGCGACGGGCGGCUCGUGAUCCGGAUAGUGCCCGUCGUGCGCCCCGAGUGCGUCCGCGCCCGCCGCCGCGGCGACCGCCUCACCAUGCAGCUCGUCGACCACGAGGACGAUUCCCCGAUGAUGGUGCCUCCGCUCCGGGAGCCGAGCAGCGCGCGACAAGGAUGCUGCAACGUCGUCGGGGCUGCGCGGGCGGGCGACGGCACGGCCGCGCCGGCAACAGGAGGUGAAGCCGGCGUCGGCGGCGUGGAGGAGGCGGUGGCAGCUCCUCCGGCGGUGCCCCCGCCACGGGUGCCCUCCGCGGGGUGCUUCGAGGAGGUGUUCAGGUUGGACCCGAUCGGCAGCAGCUCGCUGCACCAGAUGCCCAGCCUGAGGAUGGUGCAUUGACGGGGCGUUGUGGCCGAGGGGGCGAGGAGGAAACAAAUUUUGUAGAUCCGUGUACAUAGUAGUGGCUUGUAAAUUAUAACCAUGCCCUAAUUGGCGGAUGAAGAGAGUAGCUAAUGAGAUUCAACGUAUGUUCGUCGUAGCCAGUCUAUCUGAGUUCUCCGGCGCUGAUGUUGAAUGCCUAUUCGCUUGACUUCUAGCGAGCUGCAUACAAGAUCGAUGGAGGCGAUGUGCAGCAACGAUCGAAUGAAGCAGUAUUUACAGAUCAAUUUGGGUUUUGUAAUUAGGAAGAAUUGGGUAACUGGGUUCAAAUGACAAUCAGCCCAAUCAACCUGCUGAUAAUCUACAGUACUGGAUAAAAGC